AUGAGACUAAAGACUAGUCUCACCCAUGUCUGUACUCUUCAAUUCUCCUCUUCUCAAGAUCUCAUACAUCAAACCUGUUACUCCAUCAUGGUCCACACCUUCUAUGACGGAACCAUUGUGGUGGCCCAACACAUCCUGGGCUCCCUAUCGCACUUUCUCCAACAAGCCGAGCAACGCCCAAAUGCUACCGAUCUGCUCGACGCACGUCUCUGUGAGGACAUGUAUCCAGUGACCGACCAAGUGCGCCUCGCAACCCAAUUCUCAGAAAACCUCGUCGCCCGCCUAACCGGUCGGGAGCCGGUAAUCACUGAAGGCAAACCCACCACAUAUGCCGAAUGCUAUGAGCGGAUUGAAAAGGUGCUAAAGGCCCUUAAAGACGCCGACAAGGACGUCGUCAAUCAGCACCCUGAUAAGCUGAAGCUCACUCAAAUGGGCCCGGAGCAGGCGGCCGAGAUCAGCGGUGCUACCUAUGCCCAUACCAUUGCCUUGCCGAACAUAUAUUUCCACCUCACUACUGCGUAUGGUAUUCUCCGGAAGGAGGGGGUUCAGCUAGGUAAGCGGGAUUAUUAUGUCGGUUUCACUUCACGGCUACUCGUUUGA